AUGAGGCCGCGGCCGGACGGAAGGGCGCUCCGGGCGGGAGCAGCGCUGUCGCCCACGCUGCUGCUGCUGCUGCUGCUGCCGCCGCCGCCGCCGCUGCCCGGGCGCCUGUGGGCGGCGGGGACUCCCGCGCCGUUGUCGGCGACAGGGCCCGGGGCUCAGCAGGACGGCGCGCCCGGUGCGGGCCGAGUGAAGCGCGGCUGGGUGUGGAACCAGUUCUUCGUGGUGGAGGAGUACACGGGCACCGAGCCCCUGUACGUGGGCAAGAUCCACUCGGACUCAGACGAGGGUGAUGGGGCCAUCAAGUACACCAUCUCAGGUGAGGGCGCCGGGACCAUCUUCCUAAUAGACGAGCUGACGGGUGACAUCCAUGCCAUGGAGCGUCUGGAUCGCGAGCAGAAAACCUUCUACACGUUGCGGGCUCAAGCUCGGGACCGUGCCACCAACCGCCUGCUGGAGCCUGAGUCGGAAUUCAUCAUCAAGGUGCAGGACAUCAAUGACAGUGAGCCGCGUUUUCUGCACGGCCCCUACAUUGGCAGCGUGGCUGAGCUCUCUCCCACAGGCACAUCUGUGAUGCAGGUGAUGGCCUCAGAUGCGGAUGACCCCACUUACGGCAGCAGUGCCCGGCUUGUAUACAGCGUGCUGGAUGGCGAGCAGCACUUCACGGUGGACCCCAGGACCGGUGUGAUCCGGACCGCUGUGCCUGACCUUGACCGAGAGAGCCAGGAGCGCUACGAGGUGGUGAUUCAGGCCACAGACAUGGCGGGCCAGCUGGGUGGCCUCUCGGGCUCCACCACUGUCACCAUUGUGGUCACCGAUGUCAAUGACAACCCGCCCCGCUUCCCGCAGAAGAUGUACCAGUUCAGCAUCCAGGAGUCGGCAUCCAUUGGCACAGCUGUGGGACGAGUGAAGGCCGAGGACUCAGACGUGGGCGAGAACACGGACAUGACUUACCACCUUAAGGACGAGAGCGGCAGCAGUGGCAAUGUGUUCAAAGUCACCACGGACAGCGACACUCAGGAGGCCAUCAUAGUAGUACAGAAGCGCCUGGACUUUGAAUCCCAGCCCGUGCACACCGUGGUCCUGGAGGCCCUCAACAAGUUCGUGGACCCCCGCUUCGCUGACCUGGGCACGUUCCGCGACCAGGCGAUCGUGCGUGUGUCUGUGACCGACGUGGACGAGCCCCCCGAGUUCCGGCCGCCCUCCGGCCUCCUGGAGGUGCAGGAGGACGCGCAGGUGGGCUCCCUGGUCGGCGUGGUGACGGCGCGGGACCCCGACGCCGCCAACCGGCCCGUCCGGUAUGCCAUUGACCGCGACUCGGAUUUGGACCAGAUCUUUGACAUUGAUGCCGACACAGGUGCCAUCGUGACUGGCAAGGGACUGGACCGUGAGACAGCUGGCUGGCACAACAUCACCGUGCUGGCCAUGGAGGCAGACAAUCAUGCUCAGCUAUCCCGGGCAUCCCUAAGGAUCCGAAUCCUCGACGUGAACGACAAUCCCCCAGAACUAGCCACACCCUAUGAGGCAGCUGUGUGUGAGGAUGCCAAGCCAGGCCAGCUCAUCCAGACCAUCAGUGUGGUGGACAGAGAUGAGCCCCAGGGUGGGCACCGCUUCUAUUUCCGCCUGGUGCCUGAGGCGCCCAGUAAUCCUCAUUUCUCUCUACUUGACAUCCAAGACAACACAGCUGCCGUGCACACGCAGCACGUGGGCUUCAACCGGCAGGAGCAGGACGUGUUCUUCCUGCCCAUCCUCGUGGUGGACAGUGGGCCGCCCACGCUCAGCAGCACGGGCACUCUCACCAUUCGCAUCUGCAGCUGUGACAGCUCCGGUGCCAUCCAGUCCUGCAACACCACAGCUUUCGUCAUGGCUGCCUCCCUCAGCCCUGGGGCUCUCAUCGCUCUCUUGGUCUGUGUCCUCAUCCUGGUCGUGCUGGUGCUGCUGAUCCUCACCCUCAGGCGCCACCACAAGAGCCACCUGAGCUCGGAUGAGGACGAGGACAUGCGGGACAACGUCAUCAAGUACAACGACGAGGGCGGCGGCGAGCAGGACACGGAGGCUUAUGACAUGUCGGCCUUGCGGAGCCUCUACGACUUCGGCGAGCUCAAGGGCGGCGACGCGGGCGGCGGCGGAGGCGCGGGCGGGGGCGCGAGCAGCCCCCCUCAGGCCCACCUGUCCUCCGAGCGCCACUCGCUCCCUCAGGGCCCGCCGAGCCCCGAGCCGGACUUCUCAGUGUUCAGGGACUUCAUCAGCCGCAAGGUGGCGCUGGCGGACGGGGACCUCUCGGUGCCGCCCUACGACGCAUUCCAGACUUACGCCUUCGAGGGGGCGGACUCACCGGCCGCCUCGCUCAGCUCGCUGCACAGUGGCUCCUCGAGCUCGGAGCAGGACUUCGCCUAUCUCAGCAGCUGGGGCCCGCGCUUCCGGCCGCUGGCCGCGCUCUACGCCGGCCACCGCGUGGACGACGAGGGCCAAGCCUCCUAGCCCCCCACUGGACCAUGCAGUUCCCCACUCAGCCCCUUCCUCAACCUCCCCAUCCUCCCAGGGCGGCGGGACCGGAGGGGGGCUUGUUAGGGGCGGACUCUCCGGCGCCCCCCCAGGGUGCAGCUUUCGGGCCCAGAGGUGCAGAAUUAUGGCCAUGUCAUUAAAAGAGGCGAGACUGGCGCUGCGUGACUCUGCGGUCAGGAAGGAUGCCGCUCAGGCCUGGCUUGGAGCGCAGUGCUGGAGGGAGGAUGCGCUGAGAUGCCCCCACCCUGGUUUCCUGCAUCAAAGUUAAGAGGACAGGAGGGCUGACCAUUUACUGUGCACCCACUGUGUGCUGGGACGCUGUAAGGAGUCGUCGUGGUAACCACGAGGUGGGGUCCUGCAGGUACCAGAUGGGGAAGACCCCCCCAGAGAAGUGGUUGUGACCUGUCCGGGAACACAUAGCCGGUGCAUGCUGGGGCCUCUGGCACUAACCUGGCCUUGGACAAGUCAUUUCACUUCUCUGGGCCUCAGUUUCCUCAUCUGUCAAAUGAGGUUAAUAACAGAACCUACCUCGAAGAGUUGUGAGGAUAAGAAGGGUUCGUGUGUUGGGUGGUUAGGGCAGUGCCUGGCACAUAGUAGGUGUCCAAUAAAUGUUCGCCUUUGUUGCUUU